AUGCAGUCAGCAACGAGGACAGCGGCGCGCUUUCGUGCGCGCCGUCUACGACCCCAGCAAUUGCAGCGGCAAUCGCGCCGUCAUGCCCAUGAUGCCCACGGCGGCUCCGCCCACGAUCACCACCACGAUGGACCUGUGAACGAGAGCUUUGGUGUACGUUGCGAUUCCACGUGAAGAGAGGAUGCAUUCAAAGAGAUCCUGGAAUGCAAGAGCGAAGAUGCAGAGGAAGACCGGCACUGACACUCGCCCUCACAGAAAGGCUUCUACAUCACGCUCGCCGCAAUUCCUGUCUCCCUCGCAAUUUACAAGCUCUCCCGCCAGGGUACCGAUGAGCAGCCCUUCUUCACACGCUUGAUCGCGGAUACCUACAAUUCCUACGCGAUCAAGUGGGCCGAGCGAAAUGACUUCCACACGAAGGCGGUAGAGCAAGCUGCUGCGGACCGAGUGUUAUUUCUGAACGAGAGCAAUCAGAAUGUCCGACAUGUGGAUCUGAGGUUUCCAGAGUGAGACGCUCCCAAAGUACCACAUGGCUUGGAAACGGCUUUGAGAGAAUUCAGCCAUCGCUGACUGUUUAUCUUGCAGGCAAUUCAACGCCGGAUCACCGUGGAACGUACCAGCGGGACAUGGUAGCGCAGACUUGAGCGAAUUGAUUGCAAAGUACGAGAAAGAGGCAUACGCGGAGAAUGAGAAGAAGCUACAGCAAUUGAAGGAAAACAAGAUACCUGCAGAGCAGCCUUACCAGGGCUUUGCGAAGGUCACACCAGCGGCUAAGGACAGCUAG